AGAUCAGAAGCCGGAGAGAGGCGGGACCUCAGAGGAGGAAAACAAACGAAGCCGUCUGUUCCUCCAAUGGACAUCGCUGGUUAUCACAACAUCCUGUCUCAUUAUUAGGUAGUUUGAAUCGUCAGUUGAUGGUUAGUUAACAUGUCGACCCUACGCUUUGGCCAACAUUUAAUCAAAACCUCAGCGGUGUUCCUGCGGACGGAACUGUCUUUUGCGCUGGUCAAUAGGAAACCCGUUGUGCCCGGACACGUGUUGGUGUGUCCCCUGCGGCCGGUGGAGCGGUUUAGGGACCUGCGUGCAGACGAAGUAGCGGAUUUGUUCAGCACCACUCAGAUCGUUGCCAACCUGGUGGAGAAGCACUUCCAGGCCACGUCCCUCACCAUCGCGGUUCAAGACGGUCCGGAAGCUGGACAGACCGUGAAGCACGUCCACGUUCACGUGCUGCCCAGGAAGAAGGACGACUUUGAGCGGAACGACAGCGUCUACGAUGAGCUGCAGAAACAUGACCGAGAAGAUGAAGAUGCUCCGGCCAAGUGGAGAUCAGAGGAGGAGAUGACAGCAGAGGCUUCAGAGCUGAGGAGGCUCCUCCAGAGACCCUGAGACCCAGGACCCCCCCUUAGACUGGGACUUAAUUAAAAUAAUUAGAAUAAUUUAACCUCGUGGGCAUCACCAUCCAUUCAAGUUUUACCUCAUUUUUCUUUGGUCUAUGUUGUUGUACCCAAAAAGGCAGCAUUGGAUUAAAUACAAACAUGGUUUGACUGAA